UGACAGGGACAUUGGCGAAUCAGCUUUUAAUGUUUUCUGUGGUGGGCGGGGCUUGUAACUAAGCGUAGCUCCCGCCCAUCCGCUCUGCACAUGCGCAGUGAGGUACUGCGCUCGCAGCUGUACACAUUGACCCCAGCGACCACGGCGGUAGGGAGGAUUUAACUUCAGCCUUCAGUCAGAAAUGGAGAAUUUGCUAAAUAUCAGCAGGUAGACAUCAGGCUUCACCUCUGCCUCUCAUUUUUACCCCGACUGACAGCUGGGGUGAAGUAAACUACAGCUGUCACCUCUGUCACUGUAGCCUGCUUUUUCACACUCACUGUCUGAGGCCUUCAGUAUGUACCACAUCGUCCCCGUGGCUCCUGGGGAGCAGCAGACAGCAGAGCGAUCUGGUGGCUCUCCCCUCAAGAAGAAGCUGGCUCAUGAAGGGCGUCCGCUGGUUCUGGCAGGAAUCUUGGGCUGUUUGCUGGUGUUGGCUGCUGUCAUCGCCUGGUGCUACUACUCCGUGUCUCUGCGUAAGGCCCAGCUGCUGAAGACGGAGUUGUUAGACCUCUACAAGGAUGGCUUUGUCAUUUAUAACCAGGCAGGAGCCGUCAUCUUUACUAUGAGCUUCAGGUCUGGCACUCUGGACUUGGACUCCUGCUCAAAGAACGGAAGCGUUCUGAGCUGCACCCGUUCCGAUUCUGGCAACGUUAACUUCUUCAUCCAGCCGGUGCGACCGAGGGACACUGUGAUGUGUUACCGCGUUCGCUGGGAGGAGAUGCAAAAUAAGAGCUUGGUGGAGCACGCCAUGACCUACAAUGACUCCCACUGGUACGGAGGAGCAGAGACUGCUUCUCAGUACUGGCCCAUCAGGAUCCAGGGCGAGGAGGAGCCUCGGCCUUUCAUCACCAGUGAUGUCUAUGUCAAUAGAAACGCUUUUGGGGGAAUCCUGGAACGCUACUGGCUGUCAUCAAAUGCCACCGCGAUCAAGAUUAAUGAUUCAGUGCCAUUUCAUUUGGGCUGGUCAGAGAUGGAUGGGACACUCAGGUUCCAGGCCCGGUACCAGAACUCUCCAUUUAAACCACCACAGGGACAACAGGGCCUGCCUGAACUCAGCUACAGAGUGUGUGCAGGGUUGGAUGUUACUUCUAUUCACAAGUACAUGGUGCGCCGUUAUUUCCCGAAGCCUAUCAAGGUCCCGUCUCCUGAAGUGUUCACACACCCAGUGUGGUCCACAUGGGCUCUCCACAAAACAGCUGUGACUCAGGAGAAGUUGCUGCGCUUCGCCGCUGACAUCACCAAGCACGGUUUCAACUGCUCCCACCUGGAGCUGGACGACCGCUACACCGCCGACUAUGGAGAGUUUGACUUUGACCCGCAGAAAUUCCCCAACGCCAGCGGGAUGUUCGACAAACUCAGAGGCGACGGGUUCCAGGUGUCGCUCUGGACGCACCCGUUCAUCAACUACGACUCUAUUAACUUCGGUGUCGCUGUGGAGAAAGGCCUGUUCGUCCGGGAGCCCAGCGGUGAGCUGCCUGCUCUGGUUCGCUGGUGGAACGGCAUCGGGGGGAUCCUGGACCUCACCAACCCUGAAGCCCGGGAGUGGUAUUCCUCACACCUACGCAUGCUCAAGACCCGCUACAAUGUGGUGUCCUUUAAGUUUGAUGCAGGAGAGACAACCUACCUCCCGCAGCAGUUCAGCACCCUGGUCCCACUGUCCGACCCCUCCACCUUCACCCGCCGUUACACAGAGAUGGCCCUGCCGUUCAUUGAGCGGGCAGAGCUGAGGGUGGGCUACCAGAGCCAGAACAUCUCCUGCUUCUUCAGGAUCAUUGACAGAGACUCCGUGUGGGGAUAUGAGCUCGGGCUCAAGUCCAUUAUUCCCACUGUGCUGACUGUUGGUAUUCUGGGCUACCAGUUUGUUUUGGCUGAUAAGAUUGGAGGGAACGCAUACCCCAACCGGACCGCAGGAGCCUUAGAUGGUAGAAACGGUCUGCCAGACAGGGAGCUGUACAUCCGGUGGCUAGAGCUGUCUGCCUUCAUGCCUGCCAUGCAGUUCUCCAUUCCACCGUGGGCCUAUGACAAUGAGGUGGUGCAGAUUGCAAGGAAAUUCACUGAGCUCCAUAGGACUCAGGUGGCCCCGAGGGUCCUGGAACUAGCGGGUGAGGUUCUUAACACAGGAGACCCAAUCAUUAGGCCCCUGUGGUGGAUCGGCAACGAUGACGAGGCGGCCUAUAAGAUCGAUUCGCAGUUCUUGAUCGGAGAUGACCUGAUGGUGGCGCCGGUGCUGGAGCCAGGGAAGCAGGAGAGGGACAUCUACCUGCCCGCAGGUCGAUGGAGAAGCUACAAGGGGGAGCAUUUUGACAAGGGCCCCACUUACCUCACCGACUACCCCGUGGACCUGGAUGAAGUAGCUUACUUCACAUGGGUUCCAUGAACACGAUUUGCAGAUAACUAACUCCCACAUGUGAUUAAUGCAUGCGUACAUUCUGGUGAGCAUACGUGCCAAGAAAUAACAGGAGAUGUUUAGAUCUUUAAAGGGGAAUGACCACUAGAAUGAUCUGCUGACACGCUGUUUUUAAUGUAAUAACCUCUUUCUCUUUUCACUGAUGUGUAGAACAUCUGCUGCAGACAAUUACCGUCCACCCAAAGACGUAGACAUGCAAUAAUACUGUCCUUCCACCUUUGAGCUGAUCUUCAUCCUCAUGUGCCUUCCACAGUCAGUCAUAAAGCCUCAGAUCUCAGAUCACUUCCACCAAAUGAGCAGACAGUCAGUUUUGAAUGGUUCUUCUUUAGUGGAAUUUAAUUUCAGGGACGCUGAAUCAACUGCACAGUGAAGUGAUCGAUAUGUAUCUUAAUUGCAGUUUGAUUAGACUCUGGACACUGAAUUAGCAAUAAACAAUAAAUAAAUAAGCACUUUAUCAGAUUGAUGCUCAGAGGGCAUGCUGAACUUUACAGUACGUCACCAUGGCAACUUCUGUCUUUUGGGAGAUCUUGCAUUUCUGUUUCAAAGCUCACAUGCAUCAGUUUGUGUUGCACUUACAGCAAAAGAAGGGAUCCACUCUUUUAACAUUUUUGUGUGUAAUAUUGGGUUUAAUAUGAUAAAGCUUUUGUUGAUUUGUUGUUUUUUUUUUUCAACAGACUGAACGCUGAUGCUCUCUGACAUCAUAAAUGUUUAGUGCCAAAGUCAACUUCUUUUUCACCUGCACAUAGUCAUAAAACUCAGGGGGGUUGAAUAUGUUUGUUGAUCCACAGCGAGUGUUGUUCAUGGUAUUCAGAUAUUGAAGCUGUUGCUGGUGAUUUGCCUUGAAAAUGAUGUAUUUUUGCCAUGCCAUGAUUUAAUCUGUUGUCCUUUAUUUGCCUCUUCAGCUGAAAUUAGAUAGUUUGGUAGAGAAAGGUGAGCCUCUGCCAGAGAUGUACUUUGUUUUUAUGCAUUGACAAAGCAAAGUACAUGAUGUUUUAUUCUUAAAUAAGAUAUUUAAGGUCUUUAUAUUCUUUAUGUUUGGAAACUGUUCUACACAGUGAUUACUGGCAUGAGAUCAAAGCACACUGUAAAACUUCUAAAUGCCUCACUUAAAGCUGAUUAAAGGCUAAUAGUCUUCAUCCUGUCAAAAAUAUUCAUGUUAGACAAAGUAGCUUUUACUGCAAAAUUAUACAGUAAACUGUCUCUAUAAAUAAUAUCAAUUUGGAAUAUUAGUCAAUAUGUGGGUUAGAAGCUUUGUAGAAAUUUUAAACUGUAAAAUGAAAAGGACUCCCAUGAAUAAUGUUAUACUGUGAUUUUGCAUUAGCACAGUUUGAAAGCAGUAUUUAUCAUCUCGCCUUUUACCAAAAGGGUUUUGGUAAAAUCCUGACAGAUAUUUUUCUGCAAUGAACAAAGAACCAAUUGGUUUCAACAACCACAAAGCCUCUACUUUCCUUGCAAGCCCAUGUUAGAAUCUGGGAGGAAGCACAGGAGUUCAUUUUCCCCUCAACAGCCUUUUUUUGUCAAAGCCUGUGGCGUCCUUGACCUCUCCUCCUCCUUUAGCUCUCAAUAAACGCUUACAUGUGACUAACCAUUCAGGAAUCACAUUAAACAUCCUCCUUUUUUGUGCUCCCUUUUCAUGACGAACAAGCUGUACUUGUCUAUGAUCAUAUUCUGCAUCAUAAAACCAAAUUCACAAGAUAAAAUGGGAUUAGGUACAGUAGAUUAAAACUUCUAGUUGUAAACUUAUUUUCUAGAGCAGUCUGCAUUUACUUGAAUUCUAUUCUACACAAUGAAAGUAUGUAACUUAACUAUCAAUUAAAGUUAAAACAUAUGUCGCCUGAUGAGAAGACACCAUCUAAUAAAAGCAUGUGUUUGCUCUUUA